UUUAGGACAAUCGACCAGCUAGUGGUGGGACUGGUUUCAUGAUGUCACGACGCUGUCGCAUACAGGCACGUCCAAAUGUUGUCAGUGGAACGAAGAAAAGUGUGCCGGCAAAACCGAGGCCUGCUUCCCCAAUUAAAGCGCAAUCAGAUGAUACAUCACCACCGUCCGCAACAGUACUGAUAUCAGAGGAAAAGAGCACGUUAAGAACAAAGACCUCAGGGAGAGUUACUGUUGAGGCCCAAGAAUUGCAGUGCAUACCUGCUAUUUCCGAAUCGAUUUCAAACGACUUAGAUAAAGCUGGAUCAAACAGGCCAACAGAUAAGGCUUUGCUCGCCAGUGAAUAUACAACCGAGUCAUCGACAAUUUUAAAAUCGCCUCAACUUAUUUGUAAGUCUCAUGACAAUUCUCCGUCUAAAUCACCGCAACUAAAAUCACCAGUUAGUGUUGCAGGUUCCAUUUCUUCAUCUGGAAUUGAACAACCGUUUACGCCUCGUUCAAGGACUGUAUCUUCCGCUUCCCCUACCAAGAUCGAUUAUCCAUCAAAAGUGAGGAAGAAAUUUACUGGCAGUGAGCCUUUAGAUCCAAAAACAAUGACUAUGCAAGACUUAAUUUCCUGGAAUCCGAAGAAUGAAAAACGGUUACAUGAUAAUUCGCGAAAGAAAAGGAAAUGCAGUAUAACAGAUUUGGAAACUGUGGAAAAAACAGAUGUUGAAAGCAAGCAGAAAAGGACUCAGAAGCCUGCUUUCGCUGCUCCACAGGUUAAAAUUGCAGCUGAUGGUUCUUUGGUUAUUGAUGAAUCGAGUUUGACGAUUACAAACGAAAAUGAUUCAAAUGUUUGGGAAACUAUAGAAGAAGAUCGCCCAAAUAAGAAACUGAAUUCAAUGAGCUUCCGAAAAAGGCCAUUCUGCAGGGGUAAUCCGUGGAGUGAAUUGGAAACCGAUCUUUUUUACGAUAUUUUGAGGGCCACAGGUCCAGAUUUUGGGUUGAUGCAUGAGUUCUUUCCAUCUCGAACACGAUUGGAAUUGAAGGCCAAGUAUAAUCGAGAAGAAAAGUUUAACUGGACUCGACUAAAUCAGGCCAUGGCCGUCCCAACGUUGUUGUCUGAUGCUUUAUAUUCGCAUGCAAAUGAAGUCAUCGAUAGGAUUAAGGAAAAGGAAAUCAAGAAAAAGGAUUUAAAAUUACUGAAAAGGAACGGCGCCGGUAGUGAUACCAUAAGCGAAGUAGCCGCAGUUGUUGACUGGAAUGAAGAAGAAGCUGAUUUGGAAGCAGAAGCUGAGGAGGCUCUUUUGAGGCUGUUAGAAGAUGACGAACAAUUCAGUGGCUCGUCUGAGAAAAAAUCACGCAAACAGAAAAUAAUUGCUCAAAAGAAAAUGAAAGAUGCUUUGUUAGAUGAAGUCGCGGAAGAGGCCGUUCUUGUGCUGAAGGGAAAGAAAUGUGAAAGAAGAAAAAAUGAGCUGAAGAAAAUAUGCGAAACAGUGUUAAGUAAACUUGGCGAAGAUUUCCCGAAAUUUGAAAUUUUAAUUGAUGAAAAUGUCGAUGGUGUGACGGUAGAAGCAAGCGCAAGCUCAGAAGGUUUACCAGUUGUAAGGAUACCACUAGGAACUAUUCCUAAAGUUUUACCUGCUGAUGAGAAACAUCCGCAACGAGUGUUUUUUGAUUGUUCUGCUAAAGGAAACAUGGCAGCACGACAGUAUGUCAUACAGCAUCAAAUGGCUCCUAGAGAGCCGACCACUGGUUAUCUUCAUCUGUUUGGAAGUACACCUUAG